ACACUCAUUCCUAAUCCUCUAUAUAGAAUAGAAGAACAUAUGUCACCGCACUAAUACUAUUAGCCAAUGCCAUGGAGCUCUUCUCUCUCCAAUAUUUCCUCUUUCUUCUCUUCCUCUUCCUCUCCAUCUAUCUCUACCUUCACUUCUUCACUUCACCUAAGAAAUACAAAGCCACAGGCUUCGCAGUCUACCCGAUUGUCGGAACCCUACCCUCCUUCCUCAAGAACCGCCACCGAUUUCUGGACUGGACCACCGAAAUCCUCACAACCAGCCCCACCAACACCGCCGUCUUCCGCCGCCCAGGCAAAAUCGGAGGCAUCAUAACCGCCAACCCGUCAAACGUGGAGCACAUGCUCAAGACCAACUUCGACAACUACCCGAAGGGCGACCGGUUCAUUUCGCUUAUUGAAGAUUUUAUCGGCCGCGGAAUCUUUACAGCUGACGGUGAACUCUGGAAAGUCCAGCGAAAGACUGCCAGCUAUGCCUUCAACACAAAAUCCCUCCGAAACUUUGUCAUGGAAAAUGUGAAAACUGAGAUUCAGUCCAGGCUAAUUCCGUGUUUGGCGAAAGCUGCCGAAACGGGAUGUCGUUUGGAUUUACAAGACGUUUUGGAACGCUUUGCGUUUGACAAUGUUUGUAAAUUGGCUUUUAACGUCGACCCGGUUUGUCUUGGCGAUGGCGAUGGAGAAACGGCUUCCGGUUCCGAUGAGUUCAUGAAGGCUUUUGACGACGCAUCCACGCUUAUCUGGGGGAGGUUCUUGUAUGCUUUUGCGUUUGUGUACAAGAUUAAGAGGUUCUUCAACGUUGGAUCAGAGCGAAGGUUAAAAGAAUCAAUCGCAACCGUUCAUAACUUCGCGGACAAUAUCAUAAGGUCCAGAAUGGAAGUCGAAGAAUUAGGAGAUCAUCAAGAUUUAUUGUCCCGGUUUAUCGGGAUUACUGAAGACAACAACUUGCCUGAGAGGUGGCUCAAGGACGACGAUGGCACGUGUCAGCUGGAGAGUGCGUUUCGGUUUCCGAUAUUUCAUGCCGGACCGAGGAUGUGUCUCGGAAAAGAUCUGGCUUAUAUUCAGAUGAAGUCGAUUGCAGCGUCUGUGAUGGAGAGGUUUGAGAUCGACGUACCAAAUAAAGACACGUGUCCUGAGCAUCUGUUGUCACUGACACUCAGGAUAAAAGGUGGAUUGCCAGUGAGGGUGCGCAGUAGAAAUGCAUUUUAAUUAGAUUUUCUUAUUUUAUCUUGGACAAAGGAUUUUAAUUUGCCAUUUGUGUAAUUAAAAUCAAAGUAUAUUGUCACUAGUUGUGAUGUGAGUCA